UCUGGACAGCAGGCGGUCGCGGAGCUGCUUGUGUCCUCAGCCUUGCGACUUGAGCCCUGCUGUUUGGUGUAGGUGUCGCCCACAGCCACUGAGAUCAUGGUGUUCUACUUCACCAGCAGCAGCGAUGAAGAUCUGAUAAAGUAUGGCUGGCCUGAAGAUAUCUGGUUUCAUGUGGACAAAAUCUCUUCGGCUCAUGUAUACCUUCGGUUGCAUAAGGGAGAGAAGAUAGAAGACAUUCCCAAGGAAGUGCUGGUGGACUGUGCCCAGCUUGUGAAGGCCAACAGCAUUCAAGGCUGCAAGAUGAACAAUGUGAAUGUGGUGUACACGCCGUGGUCAAACCUGAAGAAGACAGCUGAUAUGGAUGUGGGGCAAAUAGGCUUUCACAGGCAGAAGGAUGUAAAAAUUGUAACAGUGGAAAAGAAGGUGAAUGAGAUCCUGAACCGAUUAGAAAAGACCAAAUUGGAACGGUUCCCAGACCUAGCAGCAGAAAAAGAAGGCAGGGAUCGCGAAGAGAGAAAUGAGAAAAAAGCCCAAAUUCAGGAAAUGAAAAGGAGAGAAAAAGAAGAAAUGAAGAAGAAGAAGGAAAUGGAUGAACUGAGGAGCUAUUCAUCAUUAAUGAAAGCUGAGAAUAUGUCUUCAAAUCAGGACGGCAAUGAUUCAGAUGAAUUCAUGUGAAAGGAGAAAAGGACUUGAAAGAUGUGAAUGUAGAGACCAUUGCAGACUUUUUGAUUUUGUCUUCAUUCUGAAUUUAAAAAACAACCAAAAUUCUGCCUUCAUUCUACACGGAGAUUCUUUGUUUUGAGUUUUAAAAAAGGUU